AUGAAAUGGUCUUUAAGAGCCGUGAACAUUCUUACUGGGUUGAAGGUUCUUUCUCUUGUCUUCUUGGUCUUUACGGGUGCCCUUGUACUUGGCGGUUUCACUCACAUCAGCGAUCCAUAUGCCAAUUCUUUGGCUACCACCCUAGUCAAGACUAAUUUUGCAUUCGCUGGUUGGCACAGCAUGUUUAAUGUCAUUGGGGAAGUCCAUACGCGUGACCCUGUCCGCACAGUACGCAAAGCCGGUGUAACAAGACAACAAUUGCUGGUCACUACACGAAACAAGUGUGUUCGACCCAAGGGGUUCGCUGUAAGCAAAGAACUACGAAUAUCUAAUGACCUCCUCCUACUCGGAGGUAGAAAGGUAAAUAAUGUUAGUGAUGUGAAAACAGAUAACUGCGCACCUAGUGGGGAUAGAUAUGACAGGACAGGACAUAGGGAGGACAAGUGUGUGGAAAAAUAUUGGGUCCGAUGGGCGGGAAACAUUGGGUCCGUCAGAUUAGCGUCGGACUGCAUCAGACUGUUGGUCAGGCAUGCGUAUUAUGUGAGAUUGCCCACCAAGGGCUACUUCCGUAUCCAAGAUUUUUGCAUCGACCAAGCCAUUUGGCACGCCAUUGGGACCUUCGCCCUCCCAGCUCGAGAUGCAUUUAACUCCUUUUUAGAUUUGUCUUCUUAUCUGAAUUUAGUAUUCAAUGCCACAACUGCUAUAGGAUUGUGGCUUCUUCAAAAGUGGCAAGCACUUGCUGACCUUGCGCCUUCGAAGUAUCGUGUGGGGAAUGUUUACGUUUCCCUUUACCUCCUCAGCGCAGUAUUUCUUCUCAUAAUGCCCUGGGUACCACCGGAACCUGGUCAUAGUGACAUGUCUUUCUGUUACUGUGUGGUGGGUCUGGGUGUCCUUGCGGUGUGUGGAUUCUAUUACUGGCUGUGGAUUAUCGUCUUGCCAUGGUUAGGGGGGUAUACCAUCAUGGAGGAAGUGGAACGGUUGGAGGACGGUGCAUUGACUACACGGUUGACACACAAAUAUCACCCUUCAGUUGAAAGUGUUGAUAAUGGAGAGCAACAACCACUCAUUGCCAGUACUUGA